UCGAACAGACAAAUGAACAGACACUUCAACAGAGAUGCAGUAUGUUACUUGCAGUCUCCGAUCUUAAUGGUAGACCAAAUAUUGCUCCCGUCACCACUAAAAAUGCAUUUGAGAGCCUAAAAUGUAGUACAAUGCAAGGUAUUGAACAUUUAGAGAAUACAAUGGGUCUAGAAGAAAGUUCUGGACAACCUGAGCCAAGGGCAAAGCAAAAAUAUAAAAAGAAUUCUCAUUCGUCAAUAGAGAACAAAGACGACUUUUUGUUAAAAACACAGGGCGGCAUUGUGAAAAAUGAGCGCACACCACGUGCGAGAAAAACUUUAUGUGAAGAAGAAGAGGAACACAAUAGAGAUAAUUUUGAGAUAAACGCUGGGGCCCGAAGACGGGAGGGGGGUCAUAGCAAGGAUAGAAAUCCCAGGAUUUCUAGUGCGGGGAGCAAAAUAAAAAACAAGAUCUAUCUUGAAGCUCUAAACAAAGUGUCUAAGCACAAAUCGGAAGCGGAACUCCACCAGGAAAAUCGGAAGCACAAAUCGGAAACGGAACUUCAUCAGGAAAACCGGAAGCAAAAUCCACGUGACACAAGCCUGGAAAGAAUAUCACACAGGAAUCAAAAUCAAAGGAUAAGAUAAAGUUGUAAUCUCUGUUUGUAUGUCUGUCCGUUUGAUCUUUGUUUGUCUGAUCAUAACUCAGGA